UGUUCAGCAUGAAGUUCCGUGCUUUGCUUGUGGUCGCAGUUCUGGCGGCGCCGACAUCGGCGGUCUUCAGCAGGGAGUCGGCGUCCGACGACUCGUCAGUCACGGAGGCGCCGUGCCCGGGAGCCUGUCCGGCGACGCACGACCCCGUCUGCGCCACCUUUGACAAUCGAUACUACUACUACUCGUUCAGCAACUACUGCGUGUACCAGCAGUGCCUAUGCACUCUCAACUACCAAUUCCCCCUGGUGCCUCUCUUCCGCUGCUUCUUCAAGGUGAGAAACGUGUGUCCAGCCCGCGGCAAACUCCGCCAGCUGAGGCCAAACGACGAUGACGACGACCUGUCCUACUCACCGCAUCUGGAGGAAAACAACCUUCGGCCCACAGCGCAGGGCUACCAGUCCAGCUCGGAACAGAGCGGAGAGGUUUUCGAUUGAAGCCUGCGGCAUGAAGAAAGAUCUAUUUCUGUCAUAAAUAACAUAAGUGAAGUUAACAUUAAUUUGCAAGUACGCUCAUCCUAUAUGUGAUAAGGAGCUGUUCAGUAACACAGAAGGAAUUUCUGAUCAAACGAAAAAGAAUCAAGAUAAAUUAAAGGUCAUAUGUAGCUUUUAAUUUUAC